AUGAGAGUUCAGCUUGCAGACAAGUAUGAAACUCAUAAAUUCAUUAAAGGACGAGGAAGCUCAAAGACAUUUUACCCUGUGGUCUUCAGCGACAUCAUGGGUCUGGAAGAAGGGGAAAUACAAGGAGUUCAUGCAAGUGACAUCAAGCUGGCUUUGGAAGGACAUGUAAAGGAAGGCCACAAGUUCAACCCAGUAGGUCCUCUAUCUGAAGGUGACCCAGGCUACAACCCGACACCCUCUGCUGAUGACAGAGUUCAUGUCUUGGUCUGCGUGAUGUCUGCCAACGCCCCACAGAUUAAACCAUCAGUUCUAGAGAAAAUGAAGAGGGUCAGAGAAACAGCCAGUGAUCUGGGAAUUCCUCAAAUGGCCAUAAUGACACACAUUGAUGAUGCCUGCGAACAAACUGAAAAAAACUUGAGAAAUGUGUACAAGAGCAAGCACCUAAAAAAAAAGAUGAAAGAUUUCAGUGCAGCAGUGGGAAUCCCAAUGAACUGCAUCUUUCCUGUGAAGAACUACAGUGCCGAAAUCAACAUGAACGAUGAUAUUGAUACUUUAAUUCUGAGUGCCUUGAGGAAAAUGAUCGACUUUGGAGAUGACUUCAUUGAAAAUAAUUAAAAUGGGCUUCAGAAGACACAUUGUGUCUGC